AUGGAUCAAUUUGUGUCACGGGACGACUGUCUCUAUACGGACACAGACUCUGUAGUUUUACAGAAUCCUCUUCCCGAAUCUAUGAUAUCAGAUAGAGAGCUUGAAGCAUUGAAUAAGGGUAACACUAGCGAGGAUGAUUGUGUUGAUAAGAGUGAUUCUGUAGAAGUGAAAGAUCCUGGGAAAGGAGGUAAUAAGAAAGAAGCUAAUAAGAAAGGAGGUAAUAAGAAAGGAGCUAAUAAGAAGGGAAGUGAUAAGAAUGGAAGUGAUAAGAACGGAAGUGAUAAGAAGAAAGGAGAUAAAGUCAAAGGAAAUCAAGAGAACGUUGAAGUCAAUAAAGGUUCUGGAAAGAAAGGAAAAGUCGAUAAAGGUUCUGGAAAGAAAGGGAAGUCAAUAAAGGAAAGAAAGUCAAUAAAGGUUCUGAAAGUGGAUCUAGUGAUAGUAAUUAUAAUGGUUCGAUUCCUCCGAGUGGAGGAGGCGGCCCCAAUGGUAGUGGUAAUAGUCCUCCUGGAGUAUGAUAGAGAUAUCAACAAGUUCUUGAUAACUCAUCGAACUCGACCGAGUGAUUAUGUGGUGCCUGUUUCUGUACAAGAACCUACUUCAAGGUUUACGUUCCUAGCUAGAAUUGGUUGGCCCCAUCUGCCCCGUAUUUCAAGGUUUUCAUUCCCCAAUCCUAUUGGCUUUCACUAUAAGCGUACUAUUUCACUAUAUGAUAAGUUGGUAGAUCUACCAGAUUCUCUUGGCUUGGUAGGUAUGGCUUCCCUGACUAGAGAAGUGAUCUUCCGACACUUCAGGGAGCUCGAUGUUGGAUUCAAAUCUACGGAAAUCGUAUUGGACGCGUUUCGUAACGAUCCAACAUUUCACGAUGUAGCAGAUAUUACUAAUUACAAUCCUGGAGGUGAGAUAGCUAAAGCGAGGUUCUGGGAUGGUCAAAGUGGUGUAGAGAAAAUAGUCUGUGUGGAUUCGAGUCAUAGUAUCCGGGAGGUCCUGAGCCGGUAUGAAGGCGUUCUUUAUACAAGAUGGGACACCGAUGUCCUUAUAGCUUCAACACGCUAUGAUCCAUAUCAUCUUGACCGUCCACAAAUUCUAGACAUCUUAAGGCACGUAAAUCUAAGCGGAUGUAUUUUAGUGAUCGAACGUGGUGGUGGAGGCAUGGUCGUGAAUCCCGAGAAAUCUCAGAUAUUCCUCAAUGUAGAUGGCGAUGUUAGUAUCCCUCAACUAAGCGAAGGCGAGACUGAGUAUGAUAGUGAAUGA